AUGUCAGGCCUCAUCGACUCCGAAGCCGGUUCCGAGCUGUUCGCCAGCUAUGAAGCCGAACUCAAGCUGGUCCAAGCCGACCUGAACCAGAAACUCGACCAGAUCCCGGAGCUGGCGGGCGAGCCACGCAAAGCCGCCAUCUCCCAUGCGGAGCGGUCGCUAGAGGAAGCGAAGGAAAUCCUCGACCAAAUGCGCAUCGAGAAGCAAAACAUCCCCGCGCCCGCAAAGACGAAAGUGAACACCCGCUUCCGCAACUACCAAACCGACAUCGACGGGCUGGGCGCGCGGCUCAAGCGGGCGUCCUCCGACCGGCAAGCGCUGUUCGGCGACCGGUACACGGACGACCCGACGGGCGACGCGCACGUGGAGCAGCGGCAGCAGCUGCUGUCGGGGACGGACCGGCUGGAGCGGAGCAGCGGGCGGCUGCGGGACUCGCAGCGGGUGGCGCUGCAGACGGAGGAGAUCGGGGCGAACACGUUGGCAGAUUUGAAUCGGCAGCGGGAUACGAUUAUGCACACGCGGGAUACGCUGGGGGAGAGUGAGGGGUAUACAGACCGGAGUAUCAAGACGUUGAGGUCGAUGGCGCGUAGGAUGGCUACGAAUCGGGUGAUUACGAUUGCGAUCAUCACGGUGCUGGUGCUUUUGAUUAUUGCCGUUAUUGCCAGCAAGUUUCGGUAG